AUGACAUAUUGGGUUAAGAUAACGAAGAAGAGAGGUUGGAGGAAGAACAAGAUGAAGAUAAAGAGUUGGGGAAGCAUAAAAUCGAUAUUUAUGCAAGCGGACGGUGUAGAUUUGAUGUUGAUGGCAUUAGGCUUAAUCGGAGCCGUAGGUGAUGGCUUCAUUACUCCUAUGAUAUUUUUCAUAUGCAGCAAACUACUCAACGACUUUGGUGGCUUCUCUUUCAAUGAUGAGACUUUCAUACAAGCCAUCUCCAAGAACUAAUGUAUUUUCUGUUGGGAACAUAAUGCAAUAGCUUUGCUUUAUGUGGCUUGUGCAUCAUUGGUCAUAUGUUUCCUUGAAGGAUAUUGCUGGACAAGAACAGGGGAGAGACAAGCCGCAAAAAUGAGAGAGAAGUAUUUAAUAGCGGUGUUAAGACAAGAUGUGGGUUACUUUGAUCUUAAUGUCACAAGCACUUCUGAUGCUGUCACUAGUGUCUCUAGUGACAGCCUCGUCAUUCAAGACUUCAUUAGUGAAAAGUUACCAAACUUUUUGAUGAAUGUAUAUGCGUUUGUCGGAAGCUACAUAGUGGGUUUUGUCUUAUUGUGGAGACUCACAAUAGUAGGCUUCCCAUUUAUCGUCCUCCUUUUGAUCCCUGGACUGAUGUAUGGACGAGCUCUCAUAAACAUCUCGAGGAAGAUACGUGAAGAGUACAAUGUGGCUGGUUCUAUAGCUGAGCAGGCCAUUGCGUCGGUUCGGACCGUCUACGCAUUUAGUAGUGAAAAGAAGAUGAUAGAAAAUUUCUCAAAUGCACUUCAAGGGUCGGUGAAGCUAGGGUUGAGACAAGGGCUAGCUAAAGGAAUUGCCAUUGGGAGCAAUGGUAUCACUUAUGCUAUUUGGGGGUUCAUGACUUGGUACGGAAGUCGCCUGGUUAUGAAACAUGGUUCGAAAGGUGGUACUGUCUCCACGGUCAUUGUUUGUGUCACUUUUGGCGGCACAUCACUUGGUCAAAGUUUGUCGAAUCUCAAAUAUUUCUCGGAGGCGUUUGUAGCAGCGGAAAGAAUGAUCAAAUUGAUAAAAAGAGUUCCCGAUAUAGACUCAAACAACUUGGAAGGUCAAAUUUUGGAGAAAACUCGAGGAGAAGUCGAAUUCAACCACGUGAAGUUCACCUACCCGUCUAGACCCUUAACCACAAUCUUUGAUGACUUUUGUCUAAGAGUUCCAUCCGGGAAAACUGUCGCUCUGGUAGGCGGAAGCGGAUCGGGAAAAUCAACUGUGAUAUCACUUUUACAAAGGUUCUAUGACCCGAUAGCCGGAGAGAUUCUCAUUGAUGGUAUGCCCAUUCAUAAGUUGCAAGUGAAGUGGUUGAGAUCACAAAUGGGUCUAGUUAGCCAAGAACCAGUGCUUUUCGCCACAUCGAUAACCGAGAACAUAUUAUUUGGUAAAGAGGAUGCAUCCAUGGAUGAGGUAGUAGAAGCUGCAAAAGCUUCAAAUGCUCAUAAUUUCAUAUCUCAGUUCCCUAACAGUUACAAAACUCAGGUUGGGGAAAGAGGAGUACAAUUAUCUGGAGGCCAGAAGCAGAGGAUUGCAAUUGCACGAGCAAUAAUUAAGUCACCAAUAAUUCUCCUUCUAGACGAGGCAACAAGCGCAUUGGACUCAGAAUCCGAAAGAGUAGUCCAAGAAGCCUUAGAAAACGCCUCGGUUGGCCGUACAACUAUCGUGAUUGCGCACCGCCUCUCUACCAUUCGUAAUGCUGAUAUUAUUUGUGUAGUCCAAAAUGGUCGCAUUACAGAAACUGGAUCACAUGACGAGCUCUUGGAGAAAUUAGAUGGUCAUUACACUUCUCUAAUCCAUCUACAACAAAUGGAGAAUAAAGAAUCAGAUAUUAACAUCAAUGUAAGUGUGAAAGAGGGCCAACAAAGGAGUUUGGGUAAAGACCUCAAGUACAGUCCAAAUGAAUAUAUUCAUAGCACUACUAGUUCAAACAUUGUUACAGAUUUUUCUGAUAUGACUCCUAAAGAUAACAAGUCACGUGUGCCAUCAUUUAAGAGAUUGAUGGCAAUGAAUAGACCAGAGUGGAAACAUGCAUUAUAUGGUUGUGUAGGUGCAGCCCUUUUUGGAGCUGUAAUACCAAUUUACGCAUUCUCUACAGGAGCAAUGGUAACAGUGUUUUUUCUAACAAGUCAUGAGGAGAUGAAGGAGAAAACAAGGAUCUAUGUGUUAGUAUUUGUUGGUCUAGCUUUGUGCACUUUCUUGACUAAUAUCAGUCAGCAUUAUAAUUUCGCUUACAUGGGCGAAUACUUAACAAAACGUAUCCGAGAGCAUAUGCUCGGGAAGAUACUAACGUUUGAAGUCAAUUGGUUCGACGAGGAUGAGAACUCGAGUGGUGCGGUUUGCUCUAGACUAGCAAAUGAUGCUAAUGUGGUGAGGUCGCUAGUUGGUGAUAGGAUGUCACUGUUGGUACAAACUAUAUCGGCAGUGAGUAUCACUUGUACAAUUGGUUUGGUCAUCUCUUGGCGAUUCGCCAUUGUGAUGAUUUCGGUGCAACCACUUGUUGUUGUGUGCUUCUACACUCGAAAUAUCCUGCUUAAGCGCAUGUCGAAAAUCGCCAUCAAUGCUCAAGAUGAAAGCACUAAACUAGCUUCAGAGGCUGUCUCCAAUAUUCGAACCAUCACAGCUUUCUCUUCACAAGAACGGAUCAUUGAAUUAUUUAAAAGGGCUCAAGAAGGUCCACGGAGAGAAAGCGCACGCCAAUCAUGGUUAGCAGGGAUUAUGUUGGGGACUUCACAAGGCCUUAUAACGUGUGUCUCAGCUUUGAACUUCUGGUAUGGUGGGAAACUAGUUGCUGAUGGGAAGAUGGUGUCAAAAGAAUUCUUAGAAAUAUUUAUGAUUUUUUCGAGUACUGGUCGGCUUAUUGCCGAAGCUGGGACCAUGACCAAAGAUUUAGCCAAGGGAUCAGAUGCGGUUGCGUCAGUGUUUGCAGUAUUAGAUCGAUGCACAACCAUUGAACCGGAGAACCUAGAUGGAUACGUCCCAAAAAAGAUAAAGGGACAAAUAAGAUUUCUCAACGUGGACUUCUCUUACCCGACACGGCCUGAUGUGACUAUAUUCAAGAACUUCUCCAUUGAUAUUGAUGCGGGUAAGUCAACAGCGAUCGUUGGUCCAAGCGGGUCAGGUAAAUCUACAAUUAUUAGCUUGAUCGAGCGGUUCUAUGACCCGUUGAAGGGUAUUGUUAAAAUUGAUGGUCAUGAUAUAAGGUCAUAUCAUUUGAGAUCACUUCGUCGACACAUAGCUUUGGUUAGUCAAGAACCAACAUUAUUUUCCGGGACAAUCCGAGAGAACAUCAUGUACGGUGGAGCAUAUAACAAGAUAAACGAAUCAGAGAUUAUCGAGGCGGCAAAGGCAGCCAAUGCUCAUGAUUUUAUCAUAUCACUAUCUGGUGGCUAUGACACGUACUGCGGAGACAAGGGAGUGCAAUUGUCUGGUGGUCAAAAACAGAGAAUCGCGAUCGCUCGAGCAGUCCUAAAGAACCCAUCAGUGUUGCUCCUUGACGAAGCUACGAGCGCUUUGGACAGCCAAUCCGAACGUGUGGUGCAAGAUGCACUUGAGCGUUUGAUGGUUGGGAGGACAAGUGUUGUGAUAGCACAUAGGCUUAGCACAAUUCAGAACUGUGACAUGAUCACUGUUUUAGACAAAGGGGAAGUUGUCGAAUGUGGAACACACUCCUCUUUGUUGGCCAAAGGUCCCAUGGGAGCUUAUUUCUCAUUAGUUAGUCUCCAAAGAACUCUAGGUUGA